AUGCGAGCCCGGGCGCGUCGGACCCGUCAUGGAAGGAAGGCGUGCGGGCAGGUGUGGCGCGCCCGCCGCCCGCCCGCGGAGGCCGGGGCCGCGCCGGGGAGGGGCGGCGGGCGGGUGGGCGCGGCGCGGCGCGGGGAGGGGGGCGCGGCCCGCCGCCCGCCCGCGGAGGCCGGGGCCGCGCCGGGGAGGGGCGGCGCGCGGGUGGGCGCGGCGCGGCGCGGGGAGGGGGGCGCGGCCCGCCGCCCGCACGCGGAGGCCGGGGCCGCGCCGGGGAGGGGCGGCGCGCGGGUGGGCGCGGCGCGGCGCGGGGUGGGGGGCGCGGCCCGCCGCCCGCCCGCGGAGGCCGGGGCCCCGCCGGGGAGGGGCGGCGGGCGGGUAAGCGCGGCGCGGCGUGGGGAGGGGGGCGCGUAA